AUGUGUGGUAAAGCAGAUGAAGCCCAUACACCGGCAGCACAGCCAGUCAGACUGAAAGAAAUUCCUCCAACAUCCCGCCCACCAACCAGCACCGCCAGAGAUCGACCUUCCGCUUCCGGCCGCGAGCGACCAGCCUCGGCGCGAAGACACAGACCAGCGAGUUCUUCAGCCUCCUCCGCCAGACCAUCUAGUAAAUCAACCAGGCCAUCUAGCUCGAGACGGGCUCCAAAAACAGCUGGGGCUGAGAGGCAUAGCUCAUCGCGUGGAGAUCGACCCCAACGACCUCGGCCAAGGUCCCAAUUUCCAUCUAUUCAAGAGUAUCCCGAAGACAAAACAAUCAUCAACAGCGUUGCAGAGCUUGUAACUCUUAUCGAUCAACACGUGGAGUAUUACUACCCCCACGAUGGUCCCCAUUUGGAAGGCACCACUGCUCUCGACAAUCCACGAACACGGCAUGCAACUAUCCGCAAACAUAUUGCAAGGGAAAUUAUCAGCUCGAUAAUCAUGACCGGUAAUAGUUCGCCAGAUGUAUCUCUCGUCGCACAUCGGAUAUCUGAGUAUGUGGAGGAGUAUUCAGGCCGGACCUCCUACGAAGCUAAGCGCAAGUCUCAUAUUCUUGAACUCUGUAAACUUGGAAUGGAAACCAAGGAACUUAUCGACUCUCAUCCUGCACAUUGGGAGUUUGGUUCAUGGGAUGAAGCGGGUUUUAUCCUCCUGCUUCCAACACUUUUGAGGGAUGGAGAACAGGUAGUAGCGAGGCAGAUAUUCAGGAUAUCCUAG